GAAGAUAGUUACGUCAGAUUGUUACAUUACCCUACAAGAGCUGGUUCUUUUACUUUUAGUUGCAUAUGGGAAUUUAUUUUGACCUACACUACAUCUUCCUCAAUCUCCCUGGAGCAUAUAUGUUAAGUCUACUUCUCGAAUAAGGGAAAUAUUGGUACCAUACUCUGAAAUACUUUCGGUUAUGAAAAGCAGACAUAAAGCCAAUGCUUUUUCAACGUUAAAAGAGAAAAUAGGCUAUCCGUUUAAAAAAGGACCGGCACUGUGGUUCACUUUAAAUUUGUUGAUAAGACACUAGUGAAAUUAUAACUAUGGCGACUAUUGUUAGCUCAUGCAUAUUUUGACAAACACUACGCCGUAAUCUUUCAGUGAUAGGGGGCGUAUGGGGCGGUACUUGCACAACUUAUAUGAGGUGACUCUUGCACUGCAGUCGCACGGUUGAAAGCGAUCAGCUAGCGGUUUGUCUACUUAAAACUUUCAGGACAAUUAGCCUGUUGAUCACGUACAGCAUGAGCACAGACUUGAAUUCUGCAGUCCUGUUUCAUGGACUGAGCGUAAUAGGAAGUUUCACAGUUUUGUUUUAUUUUUUAAAGUUCUCCUGGAAAUUAUAUUGGGGGGUAAGAGUAUACGUGUUGUCAGAAUAUUGUAAAACUGAUCUACGAAAAUACGGACAGUGGGCGGUUGUUACCGGAGCAACCUCAGGGAUCGGUAGAGCUUAUGCCAAUGAGUUGGCUAAAAGAGGACUGGACAUUGUACUGGUCAGCCGUUCAGAAGAAAAGCUUCACAUUGCUGCCAUGGAGAUUGAGAAGCUUUAUGGGAGAAAGACUCGCAUCAUUCAGGCAGAUUUCACAGUGGGCCAUGCUAUCUAUCCUGCCAUCGCAGAGGGACUACGCAACCUGGAUAUUGGCAUAUUAGUAAACAAUGUAGGCAUGAACUAUGUUGGAGCGUUAUGUUUUUUUCUGGACGUUGCCAAUGCUGAACAGAGAAUCACUGAAGUCAUCAACUGUAACAUCCUGUCUGUGACACAGAUGACAAGAUUGGUUCUCCCACACAUGGUUGAAAAGGGUACGGGCUUGAUUAUAAAUCUGUCUUCUGAAGUUGCCUCCCAGCCACAGCCUUUGCUGACCCUAUACUGUGCAACCAAGAUUUUUGUUACCUAUUUCUCCAGAUGUCUGAACUCGGAAUAUAGUACACGGGGGGUCACAAUCCAGUGUGUCACUCCCUUUAUGGUCUCAACAAACAUGACCUACAAUGCAGACGUCAAUGCCUUUGUGAAGAGUGCCGCAGAUUAUGCCCGUGAAGCCUUGAACACAGUGGGCCAUUCCACCUACACCAGCGGCUGCCUCUCUCAUGCCCUGCAGCAUGUCGCUCUCACAAUCUUCUUUCCUGGUUGGUUGCGACUCUCUUCUUUCUGGAUGAGAUGGAUGGACAAAUUUACUUUCGAGAAAGUAAACGAAACUAUGGCAACAUCCAAGAAGGAGAACUGACCAUCACAAAGAAAUAUCCAUACAUGGUGUAAGAAAUUGAUCAGAAUUAAAUAAAUCGGUGUCUCCAUUAUUGUGAUGGAUUCUCCUAACUGCCCUCUGUUUAGAUUGCAUUUUGGUUGUAAAGGUGACAUUGCAGAAACCAUUUCACAAAAACCCAUCUGGCUGAGAGUAUGGUUCCCAUUAUCUUCUGUGAUAUGGUUUUUACAUUUGUACAUUUACACUGCAUGACAUUUAAUUGCAUAUUGAAAUGUUUAAAAUUCACAAGUGCCAAAAUGUACUAACGUAUUAUUACACAUUGCUAUUGAUUAAUCGGUAUAACAAUUGUGAUGCAAUACAUUUACAAAAAAACUGCUACAGGACAAUUUCAUGUGUUUUUAUUACUGUAUAUCACUGUGUUGUAUAACUCAGGAAAUGUAUGCGAACCAGUCUAUUGCAGUGAGCGCACAAAUAGGUUAAUUUAUACAAAACGUUUUAUUUUGUUUGAAUCUAUUUUGGCGGCACGGAUGGUGCAGUGGGUAGCACUGCCGCCUCACAGCAAGGAGGUCCUUGGUUCGAAUUCCCGUCGGCCGGGGCCUCUCUGUGUGGAGUUUGCAUGUUCUCCCCGUGUCUGCGUGGGUUUCCUCCGGGUACUCCAGUUUCCUCCCACAGUCCAAUGACGUGCAGGUCAGGCUGAUCGGAGAGUCUAAAUUGCCCGUAGGUAUGAGUGUGUGAGUGAAUGGUGUGUGUGCCCUGCGAUGGACUGGCGAUCUGUCCAGGGUGUAUUCCUGCCUUUCGCCCAAUGUAUGCUGGGAUAGGCUCCAGCCCCCCUGCGACCCUGUUCAGGAUAAGCGGGUUAAGAUAAUGGAUGGAUGGAUGGGAUGGAUGAAUCUAGUUCCCUCCUGAAUUUGAUUUCUUUUCAAGUAUUUCCAUUAAUGUCAUUAACUCCUAUGCUUAUAUCAGAACCUUGGGACUUUUUUAUAAGGGCAUAUUUAUCUUUUUUUUUCUCAAUUCUAAUUUAACCGCAUUUCAUACCAAUUAUACAUUAAUACUGAAUUCCAAUGCAUUUGUAAUGUCAACAUUCUGCAAAUAGCUUGUUCUAUCCAAGUCAUUAUAUCCAUGCUGUAUUGGUGUCAUAUUAGCAAUGUAGCUCUGUGACAUUGUUGCCAAUGCAUUUCACCAGCAUUAUUGAUCCUUUAGACUGAUGUUUUUAUUCCAUUAAAAUGUUAUUUUGUGUAUUUUAUGUUCAAUAGGCAAAUACUAGUAGUCCAAAAAUAAAGUCAUCCUGAGUCCGGUAAAGAUGUGCAGGGACAAUAUCAUGAUAUGCGUACAGGUACAACAUAUUUCUAUGAAAAUUACUUUGAACAAAGCUUUGGUGGGACACUGUCAUUGUACCAGUAUGUUUUGUAUCCCUGCAUUCUCCCAUCCUGGUACUAUAUUGUAUCCCAAUUAUACUUUUUGCCACAAUGGUGUAUUUUUUUGCAGUUUAUCACAUUUGUAACUUAGGACAUGCAUUUUGGCAAAUGUAUUGGGAAGAACAGGUUAUCUACUGUGCUAUGCACCACAAACUCUAUAUGCUUUCUAUUAAAGUUAGUAGAUGUUAUAAAAUUGACAGAUUUGAAUCCGGGUUGCCUAACUGCAAAAAUAGUGCAGAAAAUAAAGCUCUUCACUCCUGGAUUUCAUUUAUUUUAAGGUAAAAACAAGUGACCUUACAAUUGGAUGUAUUUAAGUUCUCUUUUACAGAUUUUUUUUAUUUUUAUUAUUUGACAGAAGAAGUGGCCCUAGUAACCAUAUUAUCUAAAAGAACUAAAAUGUUAUUGGUUUGUGUUGCGGAUUUCCAAAAGGACAUUUUAUUAUUUCCAACUGUAAAUGGGUAAGUUUUAAGUAAGUUUUACCUAACAGCCUUACAUUCUUGACUCACAAAAGAGCAAGUCAAUCAAACAACGAAAACAAUGAAUAAAAAUGCAUUUCUCUAACAA